AUGCCAUUACACUGUGACAAAAAAGGCUCCCGGUCUAUUAAGUCCUCCCUCAUACCUUUGUCUGACACAAAUGCAAGUUACUUGAGAGCUGCUCGAGCUGGCAACUUGGAAAAGGCUCUCGACUACUUAAAAAGUGGAGUGGACAUCAACAUUUCAAAUCAGAAUGGGUUGAAUGCUCUCCAUCUUGCCUCCAAAGAAGGACAUGUAGAAGUUGUCUCUGAACUGAUACAGCGAGGUGCCAGUGUGGAUGCAGCAACAAAGAAAGGAAACACAGCAUUACACAUAGCAUCCCUUGCUGGACAAGCAGAAGUAGUCAAAGUGUUGGUUACAAACCGGGCCAAUGUCAAUGCACAGUCUCAGAAUGGUUUCACUCCACUGUAUAUGGCAGCCCAAGAAAACCACCUGGAGGUUGUUAAGUUUCUUCUUGACAAUGGUGCCAGUCAAAGCCUUGCCACAGAGGAUGGUUUCACGCCUUUGGCAGUAGCUUUGCAGCAAGGUCAUGACCAGGUGGUUUCACUGCUGCUUGAAAAUGAUACAAAGGGAAAAGUCCGUCUUCCUGCCCUUCACAUCGCUGCUCGCAAGGAUGAUACGAAGGCAGCAGCUCUGCUCCUGCAGAACGACCACAAUGCCGAUGUGGAGUCAAAGAGUGGGUUCACUCCCCUCCACAUAGCUGCUCACUAUGGAAAUAUCAAUGUAGCUACAUUGCUGUUAAAUCGGGGUGCUGCUGUGGACUUCACUGCAAGGAACGAUAUCACGCCGUUACAUGUUGCAUCAAAGAGGGGAAAUGCAAAUAUGGUCAAACUCCUACUUGAUCGAGGAGCUAAAAUUGAUGCCAAAACAAGGGUAAGCUUGAACGUGAAUGCUGUGAGUGACUGUGUCAGUUCUUGCCUCUGACCUGUUAGUUGCUGUACAGCUUAAAUAAUUUAUCUUCCUGGCAGGCUAUUAUUUUUAUAAAAAGAUUGCGGGAUGAUUCUAACAAUUUACAUCUCUUAAACCAGUGUGUGAAACACCACGUAUGGCAAAGCUCAUAACCAACAAUUUUCCAUGU